CCAUCAAUAUUCAUUUUGUCUUUAACCGAAUCAAGUUCUCAUUUGCAGGCCUGUUAGUGCAGACACAGAUGAAUCUGUGAGUAUUGCAGACACGGAUGAAACACUCCUUGUUGCUGUCCUCUCACAUGUUCACAUGUCAAGCCAUAUGGAUGUCAAGGAGAGUGUUUAUUCGUUGGAAGAGAUGAUGAUUCACGUCAAUGUCGGACAGUUCAUUGAGUGGUGGGAAGCUCCCAAAUACAUCUUUUCCAAACAGAUUCUCAUGCGCUGGUGUGAUGUUCCUCGGCUCAUUGAGCAAAACGGUGAGAAGUUCCCAAAAUGGUUCAUUGCUGGUCUUCUUUGCUCCGAGGUGUGCUCCACAUCCCUCUGCUUGAUCGAUCUGAGGUUGCCCUCUCAGUUCUUCUGUUAGGCGCUCUUAGAUGAGGACUUCAAGCCCCAAGUAUCUCACACACGCAGUCUCUCUAUUUGUUUUCUUAGAGGGGAGGUCUUCAAGCCCCUCUUCUGUUCUUAUGUUCUUGCAUCCGGUUGUAGCAUUAAUUUAUUUUUGCCUCACUUUUAAA